AUGGGCGUCCACCGUCGCACCUGGACGCGGGUCGUUGCCUUUUGCUUCAUCCCCAUUGUUACACUCAUCAACGCAGUCGUGCUCGUUACGAGUCUCGGCGAGUGCAGCGAGUGCAAACGUCCGUGUGGCAGCUGCGUCUCGAGCAAUGGCUUGCCGUCUGGACACGCGACGAACGCUAUUGGCUUCUCGCUGUGGCUACUGCUGGAAGCACUUGUUGGUGGUGGCAAACAAUGGACAGCACGAACCAAGGUCGCUCGAUGCGUCGCGGCGCUUGUGCUGUUUUUGCCAGUGCCGUACAGUCGCAUGUACGUGGGUGACCACACGGAACUUCAAGUGGUCGUCGGCAGCGCCGAUGGUCUCGUGUUUGGUCUCGUCUACUUCCUCCUACUUCGAUACGUCGUAGCGAGACGACUGCCUCGUAUCACCGAACGCAUGAAAAAUGGCCGGUGCCGGUUCAUGGGCAUGGUGAACGACUUUUACGUGGUGAACGACUUUUACGUGGUGAACGAAGACGGCUCGUCGUCGCUGUCGCCGUGUGUGACUCCUGGACAAUCGUUUGUCCGCUCCGAGUCCACUGAGGAUGUCUCGGCAAAAGUGUAG